CCUUCAGGGGAUGAAUCUCGCACAAAACCUCCAGGGCCGGGGCGCAAGUUAUUGGGCAAGGUGAUCAAACGUUCCACUCGAAGCGCUCAACCCUCUCCGAUUCCUGAACAAGCGGCUGCGAGUUCCGGGGCACAGGAUCCCAUACCCACUCAGACAACUCAGGAUCAUUCAACGCUCACUAUGGCACCCGCUCCCGAACAGGCUUCUGAUGCCCGCGCUGCGAACGCCGAACAACUUGACCCGAAGUUUCUAAAUGAAAAAAUCGGUGAUGCCUCCAAAAAUAUGGAAGGCAUGAAAAAUGUCCCAGGAAUGGCCCAAAAUACAGCCUCAGCAUCCGACAACCUACAAUCCAUUCCAAAUACCAUUGACACGUUCUCCACGAUUCUUGGACCACUGAAGCUGUUCAACUCCGUCGCUGAUGGGCUUGCAGAUGUCCAUCCCUAUGCAAAGGUGGCAUUGAGCAUAUUCACCUUCGCGUCGAAGAUGAUCAUCGCUCAGGCAGACCGCGAUGCUGCUGUGUCUGGUCUGCUCCAGAAGAUAUCGGAGAUCUAUGCUUUCAUGACGCAAGACGAAGCAUUGGCGAAAAUUGAAUCGAUGGUAGCUAUAUACGGAAAGAUAGCGCGACAGACGCUGGAGUGCGCCGAUUUCAUCACCCACUACUCUGAGACAAAGAGCGCCUGGCUAAGACUUGGCAAAAACAUCGUCAGCGAAACAGAUGCCAAGAUUCAGAGCUUCAGCGAGGCUCUCGAUAGUCUCAUGCAGCAGUUCAGAGAUCAAGCGAUUCGUGACUGCUGUGAUCACCAUUCACCGUGCCGGGGAGGAUCUGGACCUUAGCGGCAUGAUGUGUGCUGAUGGUGCUGGUUUCAAUACUUCCAAGUGUUGUCUUCCAGACACUCGGCAAAAGAUAUUGUCCGAUAUCAAGUCCUGGAUCUGCAGCACGGAGAAGGACGCGCCGUCCAUCUUCUGGUUGUCCGGCACCGCAGGGAAGGGCAAAUCAACUAUCGCUCAUACAAUAGCCAACUGGUCUAGUGAGCAGGGGGGUCUGGGAGCCUUCUUCUGCUUCGAUCGCACACGAGGAGCAGACUUUCGCCACGAGAAAAUAUUCACCACGAUCGCUCGAGAUUUGGCCAG